CUUGCAGACAACCUUAGGCGUCUUAGCACACGCCUGCUCUCUACAUUUACAUUUGCUCUCUCUUCUCUUGAUCUACCUCUUCUUGUUUUUUUUUGCUUGGAUCGGCGAAAAUGAGAGAGUGCAUCUCGAUCCACAUCGGGCAGGCCGGGAUUCAGGUCGGCAACGCCUGCUGGGAGCUUUACUGCCUCGAGCAUGGCAUCCAGCCUGAUGGCCAAAUGCCUGGUGACAAAACCGUCGGUGGCGGUGAUGAUGCCUUCAACACCUUUUUCAGUGAGACCGGCGCUGGAAAGCAUGUUCCUCGUGCAGUCUUUGUAGAUCUGGAACCCACUGUCAUCGAUGAAGUAAGAACUGGAGCUUACCGCCAGCUCUUCCACCCUGAGCAGCUCAUCAGUGGCAAGGAAGAUGCUGCGAACAACUUUGCUAGAGGCCAUUAUACCAUCGGCAAGGAAAUUGUGGAUCUCUGCCUCGAUCGCAUCAGGAAGCUCGCAGACAACUGCACUGGCCUUCAAGGAUUCCUUGUUUUCAAUGCUGUUGGAGGAGGAACUGGUUCUGGCCUUGGCUCUCUCCUCCUUGAGCGCCUCUCUGUCGACUACGGGAAGAAGUCGAAGCUGGGGUUCACGGUCUACCCUUCACCUCAGGUCUCCACCUCGGUGGUUGAGCCGUACAACAGUGUCCUGUCCACUCACUCCCUUCUGGAGCACACUGAUGUGGCUGUUCUUCUUGACAAUGAAGCAAUCUAUGACAUCUGCAGGCGAUCUCUCGACAUCGAACGCCCCACCUACACCAAUCUCAACCGGCUUGUUUCUCAGGUCAUUUCUUCUUUGACUGCAUCGCUGAGGUUUGAUGGCGCGCUGAAUGUUGAUGUCACUGAGUUCCAAACCAAUCUGGUCCCAUAUCCAAGGAUCCAUUUCAUGCUUUCAUCCUAUGCUCCCGUCAUCUCCGCUGAAAAGGCCUACCACGAGCAACUCUCUGUUGCCGAAAUCACCAACAGUGCUUUCGAGCCCUCUUCCAUGAUGGCCAAGUGUGAUCCCCGCCACGGGAAAUACAUGGCUUGCUGCCUUAUGUACCGUGGAGAUGUGGUGCCCAAGGAUGUCAAUGCCGCUGUUGCUACCAUCAAGACCAAGCGGACCAUCCAGUUUGUCGACUGGUGUCCGACUGGAUUCAAGUGCGGCAUCAACUAUCAGCCACCCAGUGUUGUUCCCGGGGGCGAUCUGGCCAAGGUACAGAGGGCUGUGUGCAUGAUAUCCAACUCCACCAGCGUCGCUGAAGUCUUCUCACGUAUCGAUCACAAGUUCGACCUCAUGUAUGCCAAGAGGGCCUUCGUGCACUGGUAUGUUGGCGAGGGAAUGGAGGAAGGGGAAUUCUCCGAGGCUCGUGAGGAUCUUGCUGCACUGGAAAAGGACUAUGAGGAGGUUGGCGCAGAGUCUGCUGAGGGUGAUGAAGGCGAUGAAGGGGAUGAAUACUAAGCGAGCAAUGUUCGCAAGACUUGUGUUUGUCGACUACAGCUGCCACUGCUGCUUUAAGUUUCUGUGUCGUUUUCUUGGCUGUGUUCCGUGUUGUCCUGGGGUCAGGAGUGUGUCACCGGUUCCGUUUUAAUUCACUUUUGUGCUAUUGUCAGUUACGCUGCUUCGUUUGGUACGCUAAGUCCUAUGUGUGCUUAAAUUUCGAUAUUUUCUAUAUGCUGAUCUUAUUAUCGGUUCGAUUGAUUA